AUGAGGAGAAACAUUUGCAAACCAGUUACACCUGUUAUGUUAAAUAUAAAAAUGACUGUGCCUUCUUAUUUUGAUAUUAUUAGACUUUCACCAGAUUCACAGAAGGAUGAUAAUGGAAUCAAAGAAGCAGCAGAAAACGUCAACGCUGUGAUAGAUCAAGAGGUGAAGAACGGAAUUCCUUCUAACAGAAUUAUUUUGGGAGGAUUUUCUCAGGGAGGAACUCUGUCUUUAUAUACUGCUCUUAUCACAGGACAAAAAUUAGCAGGUGUCAUCAGGCUCAGUUGCUGGCUUCCACUGAGGUCCUCAUUUCCACAGGGUCCUAUCAAUAGAGUUAAUAAAGCUAUUUCUAUUCUCCAGUGCCAUGGAGAUUGCGACCCUUUAGUUCCCCUAAUGUUUGGGUCUCUUACUGUGAAAAUACUAAAAACGUUAGUAAAUCCAGCCAAUGUAACCUUUAAGACCUAUGAAGGCAUGGUGCAUCGUUCGUGUAAACAGGAAAUGAUGGGUGUCAAGCAGUUCAUUGAUAAGCUCCUACCUCCUGUGGACUGA